GGGGCGUUCUCGGAGGUGGUACUUGCCGAGGAGAAGGGGACCCAGAGGCUGGUGGCCAUCAAGUGUAUCCCCAAGAAGGCUCUGCAGGGAAAAGAGAACAACAUCGAGAAUGAGAUCGCUGUGCUGCACAGGUCAGUAACAUAGUGAAUUAACACAACACACCACACUACACCACACCACUACAUAACUCAAUAUCCUUAAAGCUAAAAUCCGCAGUUGAAACAAUAACAAAGCGGUCCACCGCACCUCUGUUUUGGGAAAAUGCUAAGGGAUGGGCCUGGAGAAAUGUAACCAUUCUCAAAUACAUAGACAGACGUAUGGGUGCAAGGACUGACCAUCCAUGAUAUCAACAUUAUAGUUUUAACCAUGUUUUGAGGCUAUGCAAUGUUUGUUUACAUUUAUAUUGUUUACAAACAUGAGUAAAACCAACUUAUAUUUUGGGUUCUGAUGGGUGUGACAGUUGAACUAAUAAGCUCAUGAGGCAUUUAUAAGUUAUAGCCUAUUCUUCAAGAAUCAAUGGGUAGGCUACAUAUCAAUAAUUAAUACGGCCAAAAAUGGAUGUAGCAACUGCAGAUUCUAGCUUUAAUAAUUAAUACCAGGUCGUUUCCCCAUCAUCAGUCAUUAAAAUAUUUUAAUACUCAUUAUGUUCAGGUUCAGGAAAGAGGCUGAAGGUGAGAGGUAGCAUAACGGAUGGGCCAGUAACCGAAAGAUCACUGGUUCGAAUCCCUGAGCCGACUAGGUGUAAAAUCUGCCGAUGUGCCCUUGAGCAAGGCACUUAACCCUAAUUGCUCCUGUAAGUCGCACUGGGUAAGACCAUCUGCUAAAUGACUCAAAUGUAAAAUGUAAAUUAUAAACUGGGUGGUUUGAGCCCUGAAUGCUGAUUGGCUGACAGCCGUGUUAUAUCACGGGUAUGACAAAACAUUUAUUUUUACUGCUCUAAUUACGUUGGUAACCAGUUUAUAAUAGCAAUAAAGCACCUCGGGGUUGGUGGUAUAUGGCCAAUAUACCACAACCCCUCAGGCCUUAUUGCUUAAAUAACACACAGGAUCUGUCAAUGUAAAGGAUUGACAGCAUGGUAUCUAUUGGCUCAUAGUAAUGUACGGCAGAGCCACCUUGAUGUUAAGCAGUGGAGGCCAGUGGAGAAAAGGGACUGACUGGAUGCAUGGUACAGUAUGUUAUAUAUGUGUCCUGUCAGUAGAAACACCAGGAUUGUGCACCGGAAAUGUCAGGAGUAAAGAAGAUAAACCUAUUUUUAGUGUCCUUGUUGCUAGGGCAACAGCACACACAGAGGCGGAGGGGAGAUGAUGUGUGUGCGCCUGUGUGUGUGUGGAGUUCCCUGCAGCAGUGUGAUGAAGGAGAGAGAGAAAUAGAAUUGAGGGGAGAGGGAGAGAGAGAUAUACUCAUAGACAUACACAUUGACGUCCUCUCUCCUCCCUCCUCUCUCUUUUCUUUACAGCAUCAACACACUGUGUCACAUAUCGCCUACAUGACUACUUACAGUAUAACAACAGAGCAAUGUCCUGCCUCAGCCUUGGAUGUCUCGUUGGCUUGUGUAUUACCAGUGCUGUUCCUGCCAGUGUAUUUCCCUCAGUCAGAAUAGAACUCCCCCUAACUGGCUCGCUUCUCUCUCGUCAGUGGUGCUGGAUGAAGACAUGGACACGGGUUUGUUCAACCAAUGUCAGGAGCUGGCUCCAGUAUAUAUCCAUAUAUUCUGGAUAGGGAUGAUGAAACACUCCUCUGUCAGAGACUACUCUAUGUUUGGUGUGAGAAGAAAACAACCGGCCCCACGAAAUGACUAGUUCUGUAUUUAUGGGAUGAGGCUUUGUUUAUGGUGCUCCUACACACUCUUAAACACAGCAAUGGUGCCACCUGGUGAUCAUGUGACAGUAUUGAGAGAGAGACACCGUGAGGCAUAGUACUGUACACUGAGUAUACCAAAAGUUAGGAACAACUUCCUAAUAUUCUUUCUUUCUUUCUUUCUUUUCAGAAUCAAGCACACCAACAUUGUUUCACUGGAGGACAUAUUUGAGAGCACAUCCCACUUGUACCUGGUUAUGCAGCUGUGAGUCUGCACUUUCUUCUCUCUCGGUCUCUCUCUUUCUCUAUCUCUCUAUCCCCUCUCUCCUCUUCUUAUUCAUUGUUCUGGUAGAAAUACUGUAAGUCAUAAAGCCGGGACAGAUUGCUGGACUGGUGUGGGGUAUAAGUUCAUGACAUUUUUUUCCUUUCUUAAAAUAUUGUGUUUGGGAGAAGCAAAACAGUGAGCGGACAUUCCCCUUUUCUGUAUGUAUAGGACCUUAUUUUUGUCCGGCACCUUUAAGUAUUGUACGUAAGUAGCAUUGGCUCAUGCGUGCCGGAACGGCUCAUAAGAGUAAGAGCCUGUCCCCUUUCUGUAGCGUGAGGCAGCUUGAUGUACAAGUACACCCCCUGGACAGGACACUAGUCUAUCAUAGGGCCUUACUCCCAAUCUAUCUCCUUAAUCCUGAGUGCCAAGCAGAGAAGCGUCAGGUCCCAUUUUUAGUAUUAUGGAUGUGUGCCUCUGUCAGGGUGUCUGGAGGGGAGCUGUUUGACCGCAUCGUAGAGAAGGGUUUCUACACAGAGAGAGAUGCCAGCCAACUCAUUCACCAGAUCCUGGACGCUGUCAAAUACCUCCAUGACAUGGGCAUUGUACACAGGGAUCUGAAGGUUUGGCAACUCUACACUCACACCAGUGGAGGCUCCUCAGAGGAGGAAGGGGAGGACCAUCCUCCUCUGAAUUUCAUUAAAUAUAUUUAAAAAUAUUUAAAAAGUUAUCCUUUUUAGAUAAAACUAUACUAAAUAUUAUCACGUCACCAAAUAAUUGAUUAAAACACACUAUUUUGUAAAGGUCUACAGUAGCCUCAACAGCACUCUGUAGGGUAGCACCAUGGUGUAGCCAGAGGACAGCUAGCUUCCAUCCUCCUCUGAGUACAUUGACAUCAAUGCAAAACCUAGGAGACUCAUGGUUCUCACCCCCUUCCAUAGACUUACACAGUAAUUAUGACAACUUCCGGAGGACGUCCUCCAACCUAUCAGAGCUCUUGCAGCAUGAACUGACAUGUUGUCCACCCAAUCAAAGGGUCAGAGAAUUAAUCUAGUACUGAAUGCAUAAAUUACAGCUAGCUAGCACUGCAGUGCAUAAAAUGUGUUGAGUAGACUCAAAGAGAGAGAAAUAAAAUAGUUGAACAGUUUUAAGCAAAUCAAUGUAUUCCUAAAUGAAGGAGAAGCAAGAGAGAAAUAGAGAGAGAGAUUUCGUCACUAGCAAAUGCAGCUAGCUAAUUUAGCCUACUGAAACACCCUGCUCAAACAGAGGGAUGCUAUGUUAGCUAGCUGGCUAUGACUAUCCAACACAACACUGGAACUCUUCCAUGUCAAGGUAAGCUUUUGGUUUUACUAAUUUAUUACAACCGGGGCCCGCCGGUGUAAAUGCUUAUUGACUGUAUACUGUAACGUUACUGCAUUGCGGGUUUACUAACACGUUAGUUCUGUUAGCUAUGCUGACUAUGACGUUACUUUAGCUAAUGAAGUGACAACGAUGUAGGCUGUGUGUAGUGGUUUGGCUUGGAAAGUUUUUUUUUCCGCAAGGUCGCAUACAGCUGAUAUUUUGUACAUUGAAGUCCACAAGCAAAGGGAAGAGGUGAAAGGAGGAGAGCGCAUAACGUAGAUGCGAGAAGGAAUACAACAUGGCUGCUAUGAAACUGUGAACUGUGUUUACCCGUGAUCAGGGGUGUAUUCAUUCCGCCGAUUCUGUUGAAAAACAUUUCUUAAACAGAAGCAAACAGAACAAAACGGGGAUAAACAUACCUGAAUUUGUCCAAUAGAAACUCUUGUUUGCAACUGUUGGACUAAUGAUUACCACUAUCAACUACAUGCAGGCAAGAGUGUGCAAGGCGGCACUGUCUGUCACAUCAAAUUUGUCUCUCAACCUGUGUGCACCUACACUACCGUUCAAAAGUUUGGGGUCACUUAGAAAUGUCCUUAUUUUCCAUGAAAACAUACAUGAAAUGAGUUUGAAUAAGAAAUAUAGCAAAAUGAAUAAGAAAUGUAGUCAUUGACAAGGUUAGAAAUAAUGAUUUUUUUUAUUGAAACAAUAAUUGUGUCCUUCAAACUUUGCUUUCGUCAAAGAAUCCUCCAUUUGCAGCAAUUACAGCCUUGCAGACCAUUGGCAUUCUAGUUGUCCAUUUUUUGACGUAAUCUGAAGAGAUGUCACCCCAUGCUUCCUGAAGCACCUCCCACAAGUUGGAUUGGCUUGAUGGGCACUUCUUACGUACCAUACGAUCAAGCUGCUCCCACAACAGCUCAAUAGGGUUGAGAUCCGGUGACUGUGCUGGCCACUCCAUUAUAGACAGAAUACUAGCUGACUGCUUCUUCCCUAAAUAGUUAUUGCAUUGUUUGGAGCUGUGCUUUGGGUCAUUGUCCUGUUGUAGGAGGAAAUUGGCUCCAAUCAAGCACCGUCCACAGGAUAUGGCAUGGCGUUGCAAAAUUGAGUGAUAGCCUUCCUUCUUCAAGAUCACUUUUACCCUGUACAAAUCUCCCACUUUACCACCACCAAAGCACCCCCAGACCAUCACAUUGCCUCCACCAUGCUUGACAGAUGGCAUCAAGCACUCCUCCAGCAUCUUUUCAUUUGGUCUGCGUCUCACAAAUGUUCUUCUUUGUGAUCCGAACACCUCAAACUUCGAUUGGUCUGUCCAUAACACUUUUUUCCAAUCUUCCUCUGUCCAGUGUCUGUGUUCUUUUGCCCAUCUUAAUCUUUUAUUUUUAUUGGCCAGUCUGAUAUAUGGCUUUUUCUUUCAACUCUGCCUAGAAGGUCUGCAUCCCGGAGUCGCCUCUUCACUGUUGACGUUGAGACUGGUGUUUUGGGGGUACUAUUUAAUGAAGCUGUCAGUUGAGGACCUGUGAGGCGUCUGUUUCUCAAACUAGACACUCUAAUGUAUUUGUCCUCUUGCUCAGUUGUGCACCGGGGCCUCCCACUCCUCUUUCUAUUCUGGUUAGAGCCAGUUUGGGCUGUUCUGUGAAGGGAGUAGUACACAGUGUUGUACGAGAUCUUCAGUUUCUUGGCAAUUUCUCGCAUGGAAUAGCCUUAAUUUCUCAGAACAAGAAUAGACUAACAAGUUUCAGAAGAAAGUUAUUUGUUUCUGGCCAUUUUGAGCCUGUAAUCGAACCCACAAUUGCUGAUGCUCCAGAUACUCAACUAGUCUCAAGAAGGCCAGUUUUAUUGCUUCUUUAAUCAGCACAACAGUUUUCAGCUGUGCUAACAUAAUUGCAAAAGGGUUUUCGAAUGAUCAAUUAGCCUUUUAAAAUGAUAAACUUGGAUUAGCAAACACAACGUGCCAUUGGAACACAGGACUGAUGGUUGCUGAUAAUGGGCCUCUGUACGCCUAUGUAGAUAUUCCAUUAAAAAUCAGCCGUUUCCAGCUACAAUAGCCAUUUACAACAUUAACAAUGUCUACACUGUAUUUCUGAUCAAUUUCAUGUUAUUUUAAUGGACAAAAUAAUUGCUUUUCUUUCGAAAACAAGGACAUUUCUAAGUGACCCCAAACUUUUGAACGGUAGUGUACGUUGUAAACUUUCAUUCAUUGGCUAGGUUGUAGCAACCUCAUGAUGGCUAUAGGGAAAAUUAGAGUAUCAUGUAGUAGCCUCUGUAGCUCAAUUGGUAGAGCAUGGUGCUUGUAACGCCAGGGUAGUGGGUUCGAUCCCCGGGACCACCCAUACGUAAAAAUGUAUGCGCACAUGACUGUAAGUCGCUUUGGAUAAAAGCGUCUGCUAAAUGGCAUAUUAUUUUAUUAUUAUUAGCCUAAACCUAUCGCUGUUACAUUGAAUUGGGUGAAAGGAAUAUGACUGACAGUCAUCCAAUAUGCUGUAAUAGAAAUAAGGCCAUGCUCAUGAAAAAAAGAACCGUCCUCCAUCAUCUGAAACGGCACUGACCGCCACUGACUCACACACACUCACACAUGCACAAACACGCAAACCAGGGUUGGGGUCAAACCCAUUUCAAUUCCAGUGAAUUCAGAAUGUAAACCAAAUUCAAAAUUUUACUAAUUGAAAAGCAUUGAAUAGAAUUUGAAUUUCAGUGUACUUCCUGAAUUGUCUGGAACUGAAAUAGAAUUGACCCCAACCCUAAUGCACACACACACACACACACACACACACACACACAUCAGUAAACGGUCAGUGCCAUUCAAUACCGCCUUGCACACUCUUGCCUGCAUCUAGCUGAUAUAGGGUGUAAUCAUUAGUCCAACAGUUGUAAACGAGAGUUUCUAUUGGACAAAUUCAGGUAUGUUUAUCCCCGUUUGCUUUCGUUUAAGAAAAGUUUUUCAACAGAAUCUGCAGAAUGAAUACACACAGUUCACUUUCAUAGCAGCCACGUUGUAUUCCUUCUAAGCGCUCUCCUCCUCUCACGUUGUCCCCACGCUUGUGGACUUUAAUGCACAACACAUCAGCUGUAUGAGACCAGGCGAAAAUACCUUUCCAAGCCAAACCGCUACACACAGCUUACAUCGUUGUCACCAUAUUAGCUAAAGUAACGUCAUAGUCAGCAUAGCUAAUAGAACUAACACGUUAGUAAACCCGCUACAAUCAUGCAGUAACGUCAGUAAGAAGUUACACCGGCGGGCCCCGGUGGCAAGAAAUUAGUAAUACCAAAACUGGAUAGUCAUAGCCAGCUAGCUAAGAAAGCAUCCGUCUGUUUGAGCAGGGUGUUUCAGUAGGCUAAACUAGCUAGCUGCAUUUGCUAGCUAAGUAAGUGAAACUGAAACUGGAAAAAAUACUUAUUUUGAUCUAAACUGUUCAACUAUUGUCUUUCUCUCUCUUUGAGUCAACUACUCACCACGUUUUAUACACUGCAGUGCUAGCUAGCUGUAGCUUAUGCUUUCAGUACUAGAUUAAUUCUCUGAUCCUUUGAUUGGGUGGACAACAUGUCAGUUCAUGCUGCAAGAGCUCUGAUAGGCUGGAGGACGUCCUCCGGAAGUUGUCAUUACUGUGUAAGUCUAUGGAAGGGGGUGAGAACCAUGAGUCUCCUAGGUUUUGUAUUGAAGUCAAUGUACCCAGAGGAGGAUGGAAGCUAGCUGUCUUCCGGCUGCACCAUGGUGCUACCCUACAGAGUGCUGUUGAAGCUACUGUAGACUUUCUUUGCAAAAUAGUGUGUUUUAAUCAAUUGUUUGGUGACGUGAUUAUAUUUAGUAUAGUUUUAUCAAAAAAUGAUAACUUUUUAAAUGUUUUUUUGACAUUCACUGAGUAGGAUGGUCCUCCCCUUCCUCCUCUGAGGAGCCUCCACUGACACACACAUACAUACAUACAUACAUACACACACCUCCACGACAUCAUCAUCCUACACAUGGUCAUCCUACACAUGGUCAUCCUACACAUAGUCAUCCUAAACAGGGCCGAUCUGCUUGUUUCCCUCCUUGGAGAGUCAGUUUAUAAGAUCUUGUACUCUUGUGAAAUGGUAAUAAACUCAGCAAAAAAAGAAAUGUCCCUUUUUCAGGACCCUGUCUAUCAAAGAUCAUUCGUAAAAAUCCAAAUAACUUCACAGAUCUUCAUUGUGAAGGGUUUAAACACUGUUUCCCAUGCUUGUUCAAUGAACCAUAAACAAUUAAUGAACAUGCACCUGUGGAACGGUCGUUAAGACACUAACAGCUUACAGACGGUAGGCAAUUAAGGUCACAGUUAUGAAAACUUAGGACACUAAAGAGGCCUUUCUACUGACUCUGAAAAACACCAAAAGAAAGAUGCCCAGGGUCCCUGCUCAUCUGCGUGAACGUGACUUACGCAUGCUGCAAGGAGGCAAGAGGACUGCAGUGUCCGUACUGUGAGAUGCCUAAGACAGCGCUACAGGGAGACAGGACGGACAGCUGAUCAUCCUCGCAGUGGCAGACCACGUGUAACAACACCUGCACAGGAUCGGUACAUCCAAACAUCACACCUGCGGGACAGGUACAGGAUGGCAACAACAACUGCCAGAGUUACACCAGGAACGCACAAUCCCUCCAUCAGUGCUCAGCCUGUCUACAAUAGGCUGAGAGAGGCUGGACUGAGGGCUUGUAGGCCUGUUGUAAGGCAGGUCCUCACCAGACAUCACCGGCAACAACGUCGCCUAUGGGCACAAACCCACCGUCGCUGGACCAGACAGGACUGGCAAAAAGUGCUCUUCACUGACGAGUCGUGGUUUUGUCUCACCAGGGGUGAUGGUCGGAUUCGCGUUUAUUGUCGUAGGAAUGAGCGUUUCACCGAGGCCUGUACUCUGGAGUGGGAUCGAUUUGGAGGUGGAGGGUCCGUCAUGGUCUGGGGCGGUGUGUCACAGCAUCAUCGGACUGAGCUUGUUGUCAUUGCAGGCAAUCUCAACGCUGUGCGUUACAGAGAAGACAUCAUCCUCCCUCAUGUGGUACCCUUCCUGCAGGCUCAUCCUGACAUGACCCUCCAGCAUUACAAUGCCACCAGCCAUACUGCUCGUUCUGUGCGUGAUUUCAUGCAAGACAGGAAUGUCAGUGUUCUCCAUGGCCAGCGAAGAGCCCGGAUCUCAAUCCCAUUGAGCAUGUCUGGGACCUGUUGGAUCGGAGGGUGAGGGUUAGGGCCAUUCCCCACAGAAAUGUCUGGGAACUUGCAGGUGCCUUGGUGGAAGAGUCGGGUAACAUCUCACAGCAAGAACUGGCAAAUCUGGUGCAGUCCAUGAGGAGGAGAUGCACUGCAGUACUUAAUGCAGCUGGUGACCACACCAGAUACUGACUGUUACUUUUAAUUUGGACCCCCCCCCCCCCCCCCCCCCUUUGUUCAGGGACACAUGAUUCAAUUGAUGUUAGUCACAUGUCUGUGGAACUUGUUCAGUUUAUGUCUCAGUUGUUGAAUCUUGUAAUAUUUACCCAUGUUAAGUUUGCUGAAAAUAAACACAGUUGACAGUGAGAGGACGUUUCUUUUUUUGAUGAGUUCAGGUCCUGUAGAAAUAGAUACAGUGGGGAAAAAAAAGUAUUUAGUCAGCCACCAAUUGUGCAAGUUCUCCCACUUAAAAAGAUGAGAGAGGCCUGUAAUUUUCAUCAUAGGUACACGUCAACUAUGACAGACAAAUUGAGAAAAGAAAAUCCAGAAAAUCUCAUUGUAGGAUUUUUUAUGAAUUUAUUUGCAAAUUAUGGUGGAAAAUAAGUAUUUGGUCACCUACAAACAAGCAAGAUUUCUGGCUCUCACAGACCUGUAACUUCUUCUUUAAGAGGCUCCUCUGUCCUCCACUCGUUACCUGUAUUAAUGGCACCUGUUUGAACUUGUUAUCAGUAUAAAAGACACCUGUCCACAACCUCAAACAGUCACACUCCAAACUCCACUAUGGCCAAGACCAAAGAGCUGUCAAAGGACACCAGAAACAAAAUUGUAGACCUGCACCAGGCUGGGAAGACGGAAUCUGCAAUAGGUAAGCAGCUUGGUUUGAAGAAAUCAACUGUGGGAGCAAUUAUUAGGAAAUGGAAGACAUACAAGACCACUGAUAAUUUCCCUCGAUCUGGGGCUCCACGCAAGAUCUCACCCCGUGGGGUCAAAAUGAUCACAAGAACGGUGAGCAAAAAUCCCAGAACCACACGGGGGGACCUAGUGAAUGACCUGCAGAGAGCUGGGACCAAAGUAACAAAGCCUACCAUCAGUAACACACUACGCCGCCAGGGACUCAUAUCCUGCAGUGCCAGACGUGUCCCCCUGCUUAAGCCAGUACAUGUCCAGGCCCGUCUGAAGUUUGCUAGAGUGCAUUUGGAUGAUCCAGAAGAGGAUUGGGAGAAUGUCAUAUGGUCAGAUGAAACCAAAAUAUAACUUUUUGGUAAAAACUCAACUCGUCGUGUUUGGAGGACAAAGAAUGCUGAGUUGCAUCCAAAGAACACCAUACCUACUGUGAAGCAUGGGGGUGGAAACAUCAUGCUUUGGGGCUGUUUUUCUGCAAAGGGACCAGGACCACUGAUCCGUGUAAAGGAAAGAAUGAAUGGGGCCAUGUAUCGUGAGAUUUUGAGUGAAAACCUCCUUCCAUCAGCAAGGGCAUUGAAGAUGAAACGUGGCUGGGUCUUUCAGCAUGACAAUGAUCCCAAACACACCGCCCGGGCAACGAAGGAGUGGCUUCGUAAGAAGCAUUUCAAGGUCCUGGAGUGGCCUAGCCAGUCUCCAGAUCUCAACCCCAUAGAAAAUCUUUGGAGGGAGUUGAAAGUCCGUGUUGCCCAGCGACAGCCCCAAAACAUCACUGCUCUAGAGGAGAUCUGCAUGGAGGAAUGGGCCAAAAUACCAGCAACAGUGUGUGAAAACCUUGUGAAGACUUACAGAAAACGUUUGACCUGUGUCAUUGCCAACAAAGGGUAUAUAACAGAGUAUUGAGAAACUUUUGUUAUUGACCAAAUACUUAUUUUCACCAUAAUUUGCAAAUAAAUUCAUUAAAAAUCCUACAAUGUGAUUUUCUGGAUUUUUUUUUCUAAUUUUGUCUGUCAUAGUUGACUCUCUCAUCUUUUUAAGUGGGAGAACUUGCACAAUUGGUGGCUGACUAAAUCCUUUUUUCCCCACUGUACAUUAGUAUUAGAUGCUGUCCAUUAGAUUAGUACUCAAAAAUAACAACCACUCCAAUUACUCUUUGUCUUGCAUUGCCACACAUCCAUGUCUAGUGUUCACCAAUGUGAGAAAGCUGGAAAUCGAGUUUCAUUUACUCCUCGGCUGCCAAAUUAUAAUUUUCAUAUUUAAAUAUUUUACAUGGGCACAGCUGUUGGUGCAAUGUUGCCAAAGCAAUCACCAUUUGACCAUUUGAACAUGGAAUGCAACAGAUCCUCCCUCAAGUUUAGGCAUUCUGCCACAUCCCAGGCUGUAUGAAGAGGUGCCAAUGUACUCCCUCAACAACUUUUCUUGCCAAUUAUUUCUUACCGGAAUCAUUAAGGUUUCUGUAAGAAAAGCUUCAAAGCUCCAGUUGUAAUCUUUUCACUUUUUGUCAUAACUUCAUAAACCUAAUUUUCUCUCUCACUCUGUCUGUCUCUCUCUUUCCCUUCUCUUUCUCUCUGUUCCUCCCUCUCUCUCUCGCCCUCUUUCUCCCCUCCUCUCUCUCUCUCUUUCUUUCUCCCUCCCUCCCUCCCUCCCUCCCUCCCUCCCUCCCUCCCUCCCUCCCUCUGUGUCUCUCUUUCUCUCUGUCUCUGUCUCUCCCAUCCUCUCUCUCUCUCUCUCUCUCUCUCUCUCUCUCUCUCUCUCUCUCUCUCUCUCUCGUCUCUCUCUAGCCAGAGAAUCUGUUGUAUUACAGUAUGGACGAGGACUCUAAGAUCAUGAUCAGUGACUUUGGCCUGUCUAAGAUCGAGGACACAGGCAGUGUCAUGUCUACAGCCUGUGGGACCCCAGGAUACGUGGGUAAGAGAUCUGUGCGUGCAAGAGUGUGUGUGUUUGUGCGUGUGGGUGUGCGUGCAUGAUCUCUCUCGCUACCCACCCCUCUCUCUCUCUCUGAUCCAUUCACAGCCUCAUCUGAAGCAUGCCAUUUAUAUUGGAGUGCUAUUGUGUCAACUGUUAGUCCUUCAAAAGCUCUCUCUGUCUUUCUCUCUGUGUGUGUGAUGUAACCCACUAGAGCACUGAUUGAGAGGGUAAAACACGAACUUCAAUGGACUCUGUCUCAAUCAGCCCCUCUCUGUCUUUCUGUCACUCUCUCCCUCUGUCUUUCUCCCUCUCUGCACCUCUGUUUUUCACAGAGUCCCUUUCCAUUUCUGUUUCUCUGUCUCGGUCUCUCCAUCUCUAUCUUUCUCACCCUCUCUUUCUUCCUCUCUCCUCCUCUGACUUUGUGGUUUCUUGUUGUUGGCAGCUCCUGAGGUGUUGGCUCAGAAACCGUACAGCAAAGCAGUAGACUGCUGGUCCAUCGGAGUCAUCUCCUACAUUCUGUAAGUCAUCUGCUUGUCCUCUAACACAAAUUCAGUGUCUCAUAUUCUGUGUACUGGUGCUUGUGCAUUUAAAAAUCUGUUAUAGAGCACUCGCUAGAGCAGCUCGUUCCAAAUGUUCUAAAAUUCUAAAAUGGUUCUGUCCAUGUCCUUCAAUGAUUUUCACACCCCCACAUUAUUUCGGAGUUGGUAUGGUCCAUCUGUGGCUGGGACUCUUGGCACUUAAUAGCAGUGAUAUUAUAUAUUUCAAUUGGAUAUCUUAUUAGCUGGGUUCGAUGUAUGGAGCAAUAAGUGUUACCUCAUGUCAUAUGAACUCUUUCAGGUUGUGUGGAUACCCUCCGUUUUACGACGAGAACGAUGCUAAGCUGUUUGAGCAGAUACUGAAGGCAGAGUAUGAGUUUGACUCUCCUUACUGGGAUGACAUCUCCGAUUCAGGUAUCUUAAACCCCCUUUUCUUUCUCUUUUUGAUAAUAGAAAAAAGUCAGAGGAUCAUACAAAAAAACACAAUGAAAGCAUGAAUCCUUUUCAAUGAUCUGCACUCGUUUCAAAGACAUAGAUUACAUUGGACUGUGAAUGAAUACCAUGUCUACUUUGUGGGGAUUUGUAAGCCUUUGGUUAUACUGUAUUGUACACUAUAUAUACACAAGUAUGUGAACACCCCUUCAAAUUAGUGGAUUCAGCUAUUUCAGCCACACCUGUUGCUGACAGGUGUAUAAAAUCGAGCACACAGCCAUGCAAUCUCCAGAAACAAACAUUGGCAGUAGAAUGGCCUUACUGAAGAGCUCAGUGACUUUCAACGUGGCACCGUCAUAGGAUGACACCUUUCCUUAAAGUCAGUUUGUCCAAUUUCUGACCUGCUAGAGCUGCCCCAUUCAACUGUAAGUGCUGUUAUUGUGAAAUGGAAACGUCUAGGAGCAACAACUGCACAGCCACGAAGUGGUAGGCCACACAAGCUAACAGAACAGGAUCACGAGUGCUGAAGCGCGUAAAAAUCCAAACUACCUCUAGAAGCAACGUCAGCACAAUAACUGUGGAGGCUGUUAUAGCAGCAAAGGGGGGGGCCAACUCCAUAUUAAUGCCCAUGAUUUUGGAAUUAGAUGUUCGACGAGCAGUUGUCCACAUACUUUUGUUCAUGUAGUGUAUCUGGAGAUAGUGUAAAUUGGUAAUGAGUCAACAAUGUGAAUGUUCAGUAAUGAUUUGAAACUGUUUUGAUUAAUUCCAGCUAAAGACUUUAUCUGUCACCUGAUGGAGAAAGACUUCAUGAAGAGAUAUACCACUGAUCAAGCACUUCAACACCCCUGGUACUACAAGCUUUCCCCAACCACAACCACAACCCUAGCUCCAACCCCAACCCUAACCCUAGCUUCAUGUCCACAUCCUGGUUCAACCCUAACCCUGACCACAACCCCAACCCUAGCUUUAUGUCCACAUCCCGGUUCAACCCUGACACCAACCCUAAACCUAACUUCAUCUCCAUAUUCCAGUACAACCAUAACCUCAGCUUAGGUUUAGGUUGAGGUUUAUCUGAACAUCUUGGUUCAUAUGCAGAAACAUACAGGUAACUGCCAAAAUAUACGAAACACCAACAUAAAGUGUCUUAAUAGGACGUUGGGCCACCACGAGCCACCAGACCAGCUUCAAUGCACCUUGACAUGGAUUCUACAAGUGUCUGGAACCCUAUGAGGAUGAGACAAUAUUCUUCCACGAGAAAUUCCAUAAUUUGGUGUUUUGUUGAUGGUGGUGGAAAACGCAGUAUCAGCCGCCGCUCCAGAAUCUCCCAUAAGUGGUCAGUUGGGUUGAGAUCUAGUGACUGAGACACACACACCCUUUAAACCUCCUAUGGUCCUUUGGGACCCCUCUUUCACAGUCACUGAGGUCUCUUCUUCUAGUCAUGGUAGCCAAAAUAAUGGGCAACUGGGCAUUUUUAUACAUGACCCUAAGCAUGAUGGGAUGUUAAUUGCUUAAUUAACUCAGGAACCACACCUGUGUGGAAGCACCUGCUUUCAAUAUGCUUUGUAUCCCUCAUUUACUGAAGUGUUUCCUUUAUUUUGGCAGUUACCUUUACAUAAAAUGCGAUGUCGUACAAAAAUAUGAAAAGAAAACAAGUAAAAUGUAUGAUCAGCCUAACUCUAUGAACAGUGCAUCAUCAAUAAGUGAUAAGUCAUAAACAACAAAUUGGCAUACCACCAAAUCAAUAAAUAUGCAUAUCAAUGUCUUUAGUGAUAUACCAAUACAUUUGCAUAGUUUGAGAGCUCUUGGCAAGAAAGAACUCUGGUUGUUGCAAAAGAGUUUUGCCAACUCAGAUCAUACUGUCUCUGUACAGUAGGGGUUAGAAACUUGUGCAGUGGACUUAUGUGUUCAUGCAAGAGUGCUUUGAAGGUCUUGACUGUGGCUUCAUCCCGUCUGCUCUCCAGAGAUGGGAGUGAGUUGUAGGGAGUGCCAAUAAUGCGGCAGCAACGUCUCUGAAUGCGUUCUAAGACCUUAGAGGGACACUUCAACCCCCAAGCCCUUCAAUGCAUUCUCGCGUAAUGUUCAGGCUGGUUUAACCAGGCUAGGAUGCUUACGUUCCACAACUCAACCUGCUCUCUCUCUUAUAUCGCUCUUUUCUGGUUUGCAGGAUCUGUGGAGACACAGCUCUUGAUAAAAACAUCCAUGAGUCUGUCAGUGCUCAGAUCAAGAAGAACUUUGCUAAAAGUAAAUGGAAGGUCAGUGGCUCAAUAUUACAGCUCUGAUUACACUUAUGUUCUUACCUACUAUCUGUCUCUCUGUCCUCUCUUUCUCAUUUAAAUGGUUCCUCAGUUUUUUAUGGUGGUUGGAUAAAUCACUGUGCAUUUCUCACCUUCAGCUCUCUCUCUCUCAACCCCUUCCUCUUCUCUUCCACCCCCCUCUUUCUCCGCUCUCUCCCUCCCUUUCUCUCCCCCUUUCCCCACUACCCCAUCACCCCUUUCCCCCCAUACAGCAAGCGUUCAACGCCACAGCGGUGGUGAGACACAUGCGGAGACUGCAGCUGGGUAGCAGCCUAGAGGGCCCCAGCCAGAUCACCCCCACCAGCCCCUGUCACGCCCAAGCACUCCUGCUGCGGGAGGAGGACGAGGAGGAGGAGGAGGAGGAAGAGGGACCAGGGGUAGAGGAGGAGAGCUGUAAGUGAGACAAACACUGAGGCUUUCCCCCACUCAGCCAGACACCUCUCUCUCCCUCACUCACUCUCACUCUUUCUAUCUCUGAACACAUAGCCAACAGUAGUGUAGCCUCUGAGCACGUACAGUGCUGUGUACAGUACUCUAAUGGUACUUUAGUAGUACAGUACUCUAGUCACAGGAGGCUGCUGAGGGAAGAACGGCUCAUAAUAAUGGCCGGGGCGGAGCAAAUGGAAUGGCAUCAAACACCUGUAAACCAUGUGUUUGAUACCAUUCUACUGAUUCCGCUCCAGUCAUUACCACGAGCUCGUUCUCCCCAAUUAAGGUGUCACCAACCUCCUGUGACUCUAGUACAGCACUGUGGAGUACUGUCCCUGUCAUCAAGUUCUCCUCUCCUCUCCUCUCCUCUCCUCUCCUCUCCUCUCCUCUCCUCUCCUCUCCUCUCCUCUCCUCUCCUCUCCUCUCCAGUGUCUCACUGUGAGGAUGGGCAGCGACGUGGGAGUGCAGAAGGCAGUGCAGACCGGGACAGUCUGAGGAGUUGCACCUACUGCUGCAGGCCAGCAAGU